GGCGCGAUCCCGUUCCAGAGUUUUCUUUUAAGCCGAAGAGCACCGAGCAGCCACAGGUUCACGGUGUUGCGGUCUUGAAGCAAAGCCAUUAAUGGUGCUUCGCACCCUGGCACCACCUUCCAUGGUCAAUAAUGAACAACGCCAACAUGCUGAGCACAUAUUCUUAUCAUUUAGAAAAUCAAAAUCACCAUUUGCUGUUUGCAAACACAUUUUGGAAACUAGUAAAGUAGACUAUGUCCUUUUUCAAGCUGCUACAGCGAUAAUGGAAGCAGUUGUAAGAGAAUGGAUUCUCUUGGAAAAAACUAGCAUCGAGUCACUGCGAACAUUCCUUCUAACCUAUGUCUUACAAAGGCCUAACCUUCAAAAGUACGUUCGGGAGCAGAUUUUAUUAGCAGUAGCGGUGAUAGUGAAACGGGGAUCAUUAGACAAAUCAAUCGACUGCAAAAGCAUUUUUCACGAAGUCAGCCAGUUGAUCAGCAGUGGUAACCCCACUGUGCAAACUUUGGCCUGUUCCAUUCUAACGGCGUUGUUGAGCGAGUUCUCAAGUUCAAGUAAAACCAGCAACAUUGGACUAAGCAUGGAGUUCCAUGGUAACUGUAAACGUAUAUUUCAGGAGGACGAUCUGCGGCAGAUCUUCAUGCUCACGGUAGAGGUACUUCAGGAAUUCAGCAGACGUGAAAACCUCAAUGCUCAGAUGUCUUCAGUGUUUCAGCGUUAUCUUGCACUAGCCAAUCAGGUCUUAAGCUGGAACUUCCUUCCUCCAAAUUUGGGCAGACAUUAUAUAGCUAUGUUUGAAUCCUCACAAAAUGUGAUGCUAAAGCCAACAGAAUCCUGGCGCGAGACUCUCCUGGACAGCAGAGUUAUGGAGCUUUUCUUUACAGUACAUCGAAAAAUCAGAGAAGAUACAGAUAUGGCCCAAGAUUCAUUACAGUGCCUGGCACAGCUGGCGUCUUUGCACGGGCCAGUCUUUCCUGAUGAAGGUUCACAAGUUGAUUACCUGGCACACUUCAUUGAGGGAUUACUGAAUACUAUCAAUGGAAUUGAAAUAGAAGACUCUGAAGCAGUGGGAAUUUCCAGUAUUAUCAGCAACCUGAUAACUGUAUUUCCUCGCAAUAUUUUAACGGCCAUUCCAAAUGAACUUUUCUCUUCAUUUGUAAACUGCCUCGCACACCUCACCUGUUCCUUUGGAAGAAGUGCUGCCUUGGAAGAAGUGCUUGACAAAGAUGACAUGGUGUAUAUGGAGGCAUAUGAUAAGUUACUGGAAUCUUGGCUUACUUUGGUACAAGAUGACAAACAUUUCCAUAAAGGUUUCUUUACCCAACAUGCUGUUCAAGUCUUUAAUUCCUACAUUCAGUGCCAUCUAGCUGCUCCUGAUGGCACAAGGAAUUUGACUGCCAAUGGUGUGGCCUCUCGGGAAGAAGAAGAAAUAAGUGAGCUGCAGGAAGAUGACAGAGACCAAUUCUGUGACCAGUUGGCCAGUGUAGGCAUGCUGGGGAGAAUUGCUGCAGAACACUGUAUACCUCUUCUUACAAGUUUGUUAGAAGACCGAGUGACAAGGCUCCAUGGUCAGUUGCAAAGACAUCAGCAGCAGUUACUUGCCUCACCAGCAUCAGGUUCAAUUGACAAUAAAGUGCUUGAUGACCUGUAUGAGGAUAUUCAUUGGCUUAUUUUAGUCACAGGCUACCUCUUGGCUAAUGAUACUCAGGGAGAGACUCCGCUAAUACCUCCAGAAGUAAUGGAAUAUUCCAUUAAACAUUCAGCUGAGGUUGACAUCAAUACAACACUUCAGAUUCUGGGAUCUCCAGGAGAAAAGGCCUCUUCCAUCCCAGGGUACAACAGAACUGAUUCUGUAAUUAGGUUGUUAUCUGCUAUUUUAAGAGUGUCAGAAGUAGAAUCUAGAGCAAUAAGGGCAAAUCUCACACACCUCCUGAGCCCCCAGAUGGGCAAAGAUAUUGUGUGGUUCCUCAAGCGCUGGGCAAAGACUUACCUCCUAGUAGAUGAAAAGUUGUAUGAUCAGAUAAGUCUGCCAUUUAGUACAGCAUUUGGUGCUGAUACAGAGGGUUCCCAGUGGAUUGUGGGUUACCUUUUAGAAAAAGUGAUCAGUAACCUGGCAGUGUGGAGUUCAGAGCAGGACCUUGCAAAUGAUACUGUACAACUGCUAGUAACAUUAGUGGAAAGGAGAGAGCGGGCAAACUUAGUCAUUCAGUGUGAAAACUGGUGGAAUUUAGCUAAACAGUUUGCAAGGAGAAGCCCUCCUCUUCACUAUUUGUCCAGUUCUGUGCAGAGAACACUAAUGAAAGCUUUAGUUUUAGGAGGUUUUGCUCAUAUGGAUACAGAAACAAAGCAACAAUACUGGACAGAGGUUCUUCAGCCACUUCAGCAGCGAUUCUUGAAUGUGAUAAACCAAGAAAACUUUCAGCAGAUCUGUCAGGAGGAAGAAGUGAAACAGGAAAUCACUGCUACAUUAGAAGCACUCUGUGGCAUUGCUGAGGCUACCCAGAUUGAUAACGUAGCAAUUCUCUUCAAUUUCCUAAUGGACUUCCUUAAUAAUUGCAUUGGAUUAAUGGAAGUAUACAAAAACACACCAGAGACUGUUAAUCUCAUAAUAGAAGUCUUUGUUGAAGUUGCACAUAAACAAAUUUGCUAUCUUGGAGAGGCCAAAGCCAUGAACUUGUAUGAGGCCUGCCUAACUCUGCUCCAGGUGUAUUCUAAGAAUAAUUUAGGUCGACAACGGAUAGAUGUUACAGCAGAAGAAGACCAGUACCAGGAUCUCCUUCUUAUUAUGGAGCUUCUCACUAAUCUUCUAUCAAAAGAAUUCAUAGAUUUCAGUGAUACAGACGAAGUAUUUAGAGGACAUGAGCCUGGGCAAGCUACAAAUAGAUCUGUAUCAGCAGCAGAUGUUGUCUUAUAUGGGGUUAAUCUAGUUCUGCCUCUAAUGUCCCAAGAUCUGCUGAAGUUUCCAUCCCUGUGUAACCAAUAUUACAAAUUAAUCACUUUCAUCUGUGAAAUAUUCCCUGAGAAAAUUCCACAACUUCCAGAAGACCUCUUUAAGAGCCUAAUGUACUCACUGGAGUUAGGGAUGUCAUCAAUGAGCUCAGAGGUUUGCCAGCUCUGUCUGGAGGCUGUAACACCAUUAGCAGAACAGUGUGCAAAAGCACAAGAAACAGAUUCAACUCUUUUUCUAGCAACAAGGCACUUUCUUAAGAUGGUUUUUGAUAUGCUGGUACUUCAGAAGCACAAUACAGAAAUGACAACUGCAGCAGGUGAAGCAUUCUACACAUUAGUGUGUUUGCAUCAGGCUGAAUAUUCAGAGCUAGUUGAAACAUUGCUAUCAACUCAGCAAGAUCCAGUAAUUUACCAGCGGUUAGCAGAUGCCUUCAACAAACUUACUGCAAGCAGCACUCCUCCUACACUGGACCGUAAGCAGAAGAUGGCCUUCUUAAAGAGUUUAGAAGAAUUUAUGGCAAAUGUUGGUGGACUUCUCUGUGUAAAAUAAACAACAAAACUCUAUGCCUAAUUUAGACCCUUUCUGCGAAAUGCACUGAGAAAUGCUGAAUGCUGACUAAAUCUUGUACCUGUCUCUGGGUUCUUUGCAGCCAUCUCAGAUUCUAGAGAGCCUGGAAGUUUGAACAUAACACAGUGGAAUAGGAGAGGUCAACUUUGAAUCAGCUUCUGCUAUUAUGUGUUAGCUGCAAUCUGUCAUACUUAUGUGUGGGAGAGAAUGAACAGAAAAUUUGAAUUUAAUUUUUUUCCAUAUAUGUGCAAACAGAUAUGGGCACAAGGAAAAAUAAAUGCAGUGCCUUUCCCCCUGCACUGGUUUAAAAUAUGAGUGGUCAUAUAAACAUACAGAUUUCUUUUCUACCCAAAAUCAUGUUAGAGUGUGAUGUAGAUACAUGUAAAGCUCUAAACAGUUUAGCUGAUUUUAAGCUUUAUUUUUCUUCUCUUUGAGUUUGUGUUCCAAUGGGGA